CACAGCGCAGGCGCACGGCGCUGCAGUCAUGGCGGCCCCCAUCGUGCGGCUCCCUUUGCCUCGCUUCUGCCAAGGCUUCUGCUUUUCCCGUCGGGUCGCGGAGCUGCGGGGCCACUCCACGGAGGCGGCCGCCGUUCUGAAGGAGAAGCCGGCUUUGAGCGGCGAGGCUCCCUCCGAUGCUGAAAUUGGCACCAGAAAGAAGACGUUCAGUGAAGUCCUAGCAGAAAGAAAAGAACAAGCCCACCGGACAGUCUUAAUUAACUGUCCUUCUAAAAUCAGUGAGAAAAAACUUCUUAAAUACUUGUCAUCUCAUGGAAAUAUUAAGAAUCACUUUUUCUAUGAAACUCAUGGUAUAUAUGCAGUCAUAGAAUUUUCUGAGUUGGAGAGUAUAGCUUCAUUGCAGGAUGCCACUGGUAUGCCCCAGUUUGAGGAUGACUGCCCUAUUCCAUUUAAAUCUAGAAUUUUUACCUUAACAUUGAAAAAUCCACCAAGCCAAGCUUCCGAAUCAAUUCACCUCCAUAAACAGACCACCAUUCCAGUUGGAGAGCUGGUGAAUAAACUUUGUGAUGCUGACAGUGUGAGUGCCCAGUUGCAAAUGCUUAUGGAGAAAUACCAGUUGACAGAAGAAAACACUAAACUCCGAUUUUUGGCCUGUUCUUUAAUUCAAGACAUUGCUGGGGCUUAUUUUCCAGAUUGCAAUGUGAAGCCUUUUGGCUCAUCUGUGAACACCUUCGGUAAACUGGGAUGUGACUUAGACAUGUUUCUGGACUUGGAUGAUACUGGGAAGAAUAGCACUAGAAGGAAAACAGGUCCUUUCAAUAUUGAGUAUCAAAUGAAGAGAGUCCCUUCUCAGCGAGUAGCAACACAGAGGAUCCUGUCUGUGAUUGGUGAAUUUAUUGAUAACUUUGGUCCUGGGUGUGUUAGCGUGCAAAAAAUACUUAAUGCUCGCUGCCCGUUGGUGAAAUUUUCCCAUCAGCCAUCAGGAUUUCAGUGUGACUUAACAGCUAACAAUCGAAUUGCCAUGAGAAGCACGGAACUUCUCUAUAUCUAUGGCAGCCUUGACCCACGUGUCAGAGCCCUUGUGUUUGGAGUGCGGUGCUGGGCACGGACUCAUGGUAUCACAAGUAGCAUACCUGGCCCAUGGAUUACCAAUUUUGCUCUGACAACAAUGGUUUUGUUUUUUCUACAAAAAAGACAGCCCCCUAUUGUUCCAACCUUAGAUCAACUAAAGGGGCUAGCUGAAGACAAGCACAUAGUUGAAGGUUAUGACUGUACUUUUGUUAGUAACUUGAACAAAAUCAAGCCCACAGAAAACACAGAAACAUUGGAUGUGCUACUGGGUGAUUUCUUUGAAUAUUUUGGAAAUUUUGCUUUCAAUAAGCAUUCGCUAAAUAUCCGAAAGGGCAAGGAGCAAAACAAGCCAGAAGCGUCUGCCCUCCAUAUACAGAAUCCCUUUGAACAGAGCCUUAAUAUCAGCAAGAAUGUAAAUGCCACGCAGCUUGAAAGGUUUGUUAGCUUGGCCAGAGAGAGUGCCUGGCUUCUCCAACAGGAAGGGAAAGGUCCUUCCUCCAGCCAUUCUCAGCCCUGGGGACUGGCAGCUCUUCUUCGAACCUCAGGACUCAGUCAUGCUGGGAAAGGUACAAAAAGAAAGAGGGGACCAGCCAGCGAAAGAAUUAAAAGCUUGCUGGAUUCUUUAAAGAUCAAUGCCAAUAGUGGGAAAAGAACCUUUGGCACUCGGGUGUGGUAGCAGCUGCAAGAUCUGUUUGAGACUUACUGAGCUGAAUGGUUGGCUCAGCAUCUCCAAAGUAGCCUCAUUUGUACAUGGGCUGAACUGGCAAAUUAGUGUGGCCUGGGAGAUUUUGACCAGGGGGCAGAGAUGGUAUUAAUCUCACUUUGUCGUUUUUUGAAGAUUUUCUCAUCCUUUGGAUGGGAGACAUCAAGAUUCCCUACUAAAUCCAUUUCUAUUUUAUACUGGUAAAGAAUGAACACUGGACCUAAGAAAGGAUCAUCCACACAUAUUCUAAUAAACGAAAAGGAAUACAAAUUGCACUGUGGUGUUCUUUGGGACAGUCUUAUACUGACUGGUACAGCAAAUUAUUAAUCAAAGUUACUUGUCUCAAUUUUUGAACCUGUUUCCCACAAACAUCAAGGAUGCUACAGAAUAUAGCAAAACAGAUUGUAUGUGGUGCUAUGAUCAUUGGACACUGAAUAAGAAGCUAUUUCUCUGGUCUGGAACAAGAGCGAAUUUUGCAAAAUGACAUUCUCAUCGGUUCCUUCAUAUUUAAGAUUUUUGUAAACAAAACAAAAAAGACAAAACAUUACCCACUGAUUACAUUGGAAUUAUAAAAGAUUUGGGAAAAUUCAGUGAAUUGCUGACACUCUCUGAAAUUUAUAUUUUCGUUGUUAUGUGCCUUCAUGUUAUUUCCGACUUAUGACAGCCCUAUCACAGAGUUUUCUUGGCAAGAUGUGUUACAAAGGAGAUUUGCACUGCCUUCCUCCGAAGCUGAGUAUGACUUGCCCUAGUGACUUGCACUGGAUUUAUAUGUCUGAGCUUGGUUUGAACCUGGUCUUGCAUAUCAAAUCAUGUCACCUUUACCUGCAUAGGAAGUAUUUUCUUGUUGAGGUAAUUCAGGGGGUUGUUUUUUGCAAGUUCCUGACGUACAACAUACAGAGCUCUUGCCAAUGUUGUGGGCUGAGGCAAAACCACAUGCACACGUCCUCAACUCUGUCUGUUCAAAAAUGUCAUCUUUUUUUGUCUCAGGCUUUACCGUAUAUUUUUAUGUGUGACUGCUGCACUUAUAAACAGUUUGUCAAAGCCAGGCUUCCUCUGGGCUUUUUGAAGUACAUCACUUGUUCUACUUUCCUUCACGUUGGAGACCUGUCACUUUUUCUUUUGUCAUCAGAGCAGGUAGCUGUGACAAGGCGACUGAGCAAGCAGUCAUUUUUGCUCGCCUGAAAUAAAUGGAUGGUGACUUGGUCUUCCAAACUCCAGUGGGCAGGUUGUCUAAUAAAUGAUGGAAAUCCUUAAUAUGAAAUAGCGUGCAAAAUAGAUUUUAGCCCCUCUUCUAA